UUUGAAGGAGGGGUGAACUCUUGUUACUGCAACACUCCAAAAACAUCUCUCUUGUUUUUAUGUAAUUCAAACGGUCAUAAUCAUUUCUUUCAGAGACAAAACUCUCCUCUCUCCUGCCCCAUUUUUUUGUUCUUCUCUUUCUUCAUUCAUUCAACGCGUUGCAUUACAUGCCUGUCAGCCACUACUCACUACUACUGCUACCAAACGCCCUUAACCGCCGCAUAAUUUCCUCUCCUACCUACAACAUCUAUCAGAUAUUAAUGCGUUGAAUUAAAUAUAUGUCUUCUACAUCUUAGAGAAAUUAUAAUUUUUAUGGAAUGAAGUAGACUCUUGAGCAUUAUCUUGGCUGAUACAUUGUCAAAUUUUUACUCGUUUUUUAGAUUGAAAAAUUCAUCCUCAACUCUGUUUUAUCUGGUCUCUGUUUUCUUGAUGGUUUUUUGUUUUAAAGUUUGCUUAGGGUUAGGGUUUACUACAUCUGCACUACGUUUUGUACGAAUAAGAGAUUCUUCAUGAUUUAAGUUUUACUUGAAUAAUUGAAAUCAAUGUUGAUGAAAAAUGCCGACUAUUAGUGCUCCAGCGACUAAGAAAACUACAACGCUCACGGUUGCUGUGAAAUGUAGACGGUUAUCGGAGAGAGAACGCGGCCAGGACAUUGUUAGAGUAAAUAACAAGGAGGUGGUUGUUUUGGAUCCUGAUUUGCCAAAGGAUUAUCUUGAACGCAUACAGAAUAGAACGAAGGAAAAGAAGUACAGUUUUGAUUAUGCUUUUAGUCCUGACUGUACAAACUUGGAUGUGUAUGUGCAAUGUAUAUCUUCUGUGAUCUCUGGGGUUGUUCAAGGUCUCAAUGCAACAGUGUUUGCAUAUGGCUCAACUGGGAGUGGUAAAACAUACACAAUGGUUGGGACAAAGAGUGAUCCUGGACUCAUGGUUCUCAGUAUGCAUCGAAUUUUUGACCUUAUUGAAAAGGAUAAAAGUUCUGAUGAAUUUGAAGUUACUUGCUCCUACCUGGAAGUUCACAAUGAAAUUAUCUAUGAUUUGCUUGAAAAGUCGUCAGGUCAUUUGGAACUCCGAGAGGAUCCAGUUCAUGGAAUGGUUGUUGCUGGCCUGAGAUGUAUCAAGGUCCACUCAGCGGAUAAGAUUCUUGAACUUCUGAAUUUGGGGAAUAGUCGACGGAAAACUGAAAGCACUGAGGCCAAUGCAACUUCCUCACGAUCACAUGCAGUUUUAGAGAUUACUGUGAAGAGAAGACAGAAAAACAAAUAUCGUAAUCAAGUAAUGAGAGGAAAACUUGCUCUUGUGGAUCUUGCUGGCAGCGAACGAGCUUCUGAAACAAAUAGUGGAGGGCAAAAGCUAAGGGAUGGAGCCAAUAUUAAUCGUUCUCUUCUAGCUUUAGCAAAUUGCAUUAAUGCUUUGGGAAAACAACAAAAGAAGGGACUGGCUUAUGUUCCUUAUCGGAAUAGCAAACUGACACGGAUACUAAAAGAUGGUCUCAGUGGCAAUUCUCAAACUGUUAUGGUAGCAACUAUAUCACCAGUUGACAGUCAAUAUCAUCACACUGUGAAUACCCUGAAAUAUGCUGACCGGGCAAAGGAAAUAAGAACGCAUGUUCAGAAAAACAUUGGCACAGUUGAUACCCAUGUUUCAGACUACCAGAGGAUGAUUGACAAUCUUCAGAUUGAGGUCUGUCGGCUGAAGAAGGAACUAGCUGAGAAGGAAUCACAGCUAAGUAUCAAACCUGCUGAAAGAGCUGCAGAUGAUGAGCUGUCUUGGUUGAAUAUUUUGAGCCAUGAAAUCAGUGAAAAUGUCCAGGAACGGAUAAAUUUACAGAAGGCUUUAUUUGAGCUUGAGGAAGCAAACGUCCGUAUACAUUCUGAACUCCAACAUCUUGAUGAGGCUAUUGCAAAACACCAGGCUAUCGAAAGAGAUGAAGCAGUUGUGGAGGCUUUGAGAGCAAGGAGGCAAGUAAUUCUUGAUAACAUACGUGACAAUGAUGAAGCUGGUGUCAACUAUCGAGAGGAAAUUGCAGCAAAUGAGAGUCAUCGGUGUGAACUCCAAGACAUGAUUGAUGAAGCCAUCAGUAACAAUGGUAAUAAAACCUACUUGCGCAUUCUCAGCCAAUAUAGAAUCUUGGGAAUGGCUAACAUUGAGCUUCAGUUUGAAAUGGCAUUGAGGGAUCAAGUCAUUCACAACCAACGGGAAACACAGAGGAACCUGUGGAAAUUGCUCAUGACAUCAGGAAUUGAUGAAAAACAUCUACUGGACCUUGCAGCCAAGCAGGGAAUAACAAUUGAAGAUUGGACAACCACUUCUCGUGUGGGGCUUUCAAAUAAUCAGCAGUCACCAAAUUUAACUGAUAUUCUCCUGUUGGCAUAUCUAAUGCUGAAAAAAGGCAGCGAGCAGUGGAUUGGUGGCAGGCCAGUUUCAUGGUGUGGCUCUCCUGGUGAAAGUCCUCGAGACAUUUGCAAUUCUUGUCCAGAUAUCAGAACUCAAGCUUUACCUUAUAAAGCUAGCUCUGUAUCAGCUUCCUCUUGCAGUGUAGAUUUUGGCCUGCGCCAUAAGGAUAAUUGGAACCUUACUCGGAAGCAAAAUCUGUUUAAAGGUGGAAUACCUCGAGUCGUUGGAUUUAAUCCAACAGAACAAGAAUCUGGCAUUUGUCGAUCUAACCAUGUGCUUCAGAACACCAAAACCCUGAACUACACUCAUUCUUCUUGCAUUUCUUCAUUUAGCAGCAGAGGGGCAAUCCCUUCUGUUUGCCAUAGCCCUGAAACAUGAGGCCGCCCUUCCAGUUUUGUAUAGUCUUGUAUGUGUUUUCCUCCUCUUUCCAUUCUAUUUUUUCGCUGCAGUACAUUUACAAAACAUAAAUUGAGUAUUUUGUCUUAGGGUUUAGUUGGAAUGAGCAGGUGAUUCUUUCAUUUCCUUUGCAGAGGAACACUGCUUGUAAACUUUUGUAAGAUGUCUCAGCUGAAAGCGAGAGCAUCUUUGUAAUUCAUAGACCCCUCCCACCCCCAAUCAUACGAAGAGAUGAACAGUUCAGGUAUAGUGAUUUUUGAAAAUUAGCCAGUA